AGAUGGCAUUACACUUUCUAUCAUUGUGCCACAAAAGACAUAGCUUAAAAUGACUUGUAGGAAUUAAAAAUCUCUUCUGGAAUUGAAAUUUUGAAGCUUGAGCUUUGGAAUCUUGUAUGUCUUUCCGGUGGAUUUUUAAAAUGUGCAUAAGGUGUAACAAGUCUACCUAAUGCGGAUUCUGAACGUUUACAUCUAUAUAAAAUUUCAUGGUAAAAACACAAAUAUAACAAAAACCACAUUAAGAAUCAAAAUCUAAUUUUUCUAAUUCAAAAUUAUCCUUUUUAUGAAUGUAACGUUUUUUAUUCAAAUCGCCCUCUAUGAUUGGCACGAGAACUCCAUUAUCAAUUGCAACCAUAGUAGUCAAUGGCUAGAUAUGGCGCGCGUCAUAUGCGCCAUCACCAUGAAAGUGUUGUCGUCAGCAUAGCACCGUAUACGCUAUUUGUGCCAUUUGUAUAUGCGCAUCCCCAUGUGUCAUGAAAAAUGUCUUUGAGCUAUGACAACUAUGAUUGCAACACAAAAAGAUAACAUGGAAUUCAUACUUCUUUGUUGGAGAAGGAGGUUCCUUAGCAUCUGCUGUAUCGACUAAGGUACACACGAUUCAUCAUCUAGAUGCUGAUAGCUAACAGGGAGUAUGCAUACAGAAUUUGAGGGCACUCAACGGUGGAUUCUGAGAAGUCACCGUUAAAAGACAACUCUUUGAAUUUUAAAUUGUUGUCUUCAUCCAACUAACAUACUGCCCCCGAAGUCACCGUUAAAAGACAACUCUUUGAAUUUUAAAUUGUUGUCUUCAUCCAACUAACAUACUACCCCCGUCCCGUUUUAUUUUAGUCAUCUUCAACUUUUUCAGUCAAAGAUGGUAAACUUUGAUUCAUUAUUUUAACUAAUAUAUUUAUAUGGAACUUAAUAAAUUUAUACUUUUAUGAUAGUAUUUUUAACAAAACAUUUUCAUAUUAUCAAUACUACUGUAUAGAAAUAUAUAUGUAAGGUCGAAGUUUAACAUCCUUGACUAGAAAAGUCAAAUAUGAGUAAAUCAAAAGGGACGGAGGGAAUAUUCUAGGAGACUUACCGCCAAAGAAGUAUAGAAAGCGAUUUACAUGAGUGCAUCUAGCUUCUUUUAAAACCGAUUUGAAAUAAGAGAGACAAUAUCAUGAACCUCAUGAUCGGUGAACAUACAAUCACCCUUGAUGAUAAAACAUAUGUCUAUAGUCUUUCCUAUGCUUUGGUAGGCAUGUAUGAGCAUGGAAACAUUUACAUCACCUUCUCUCAUUUACCUAUACAUUUCUUCAUAUUCUUCCCCUUCAAUAGACCAAAUUUAUUAUUUAACCCCCACUACUUGAAAAGGUCAUAUGUCAAAAUUGGUAAACCCUAUGUUUAUUUAACAUCAGCACUGCUGUCAAUGCUCUAAAUGUCCCUAGGCGCCUAGGCGGGAUCAGUCGGAGACAUCGAAAUGAUAACUUUAUCAAUGUUUAUGCAUAAAUGAUUAGUAAUGUUGUGUUUGUUUGUGUAUAAAAAACAUACACAUACACAUUAACAUGCAUGAAUGAUAGAGUUGUCUCAUUUAAUAAUAUAUUAUACCUAGUACUUAACUUCAUUAUGUACGUUUAAAAGUCAUGUGUAUGAGGAAUCUAGGGGGAGUGGCGGCCGCAGCUAGGUUUUAGUCUGCGUUUAGGUUGGGGUCGGCGAUUUCCCAAUCGCUCGACGUUUUUUGUUACGUAGCUAGAAGGCGACGAGCCUUCAUCAAGUCUGCAGGGGUCUUGCGCAGAACGUACAACAACCUUCGAGCGUACAAAGGAGGAAUAACUGUUUGUUAGAUCAGGGAGUGUGAGACGACAAAGAAACGCUUGGGGAUACUUUCAAUUUGCAGCGAGCGUGGCCUGAGAUUACAGAGGGGCUGCGCUAAUUCUUAGGAUUGAGGCUGAAAAUACCUACGGAUCUAUCUUUGUUUUCCAAUUUGGCAACAAUGGCUUUAAAUGGUUUCGUGGACAGUGGAUCUGGAUCAGCUAGGGGUGUGAAACCCGAAUUUCCAAUACUUGGAUUAGCUAUUCUGGCUGUGAUGGUGAUUGAGAUGGGAGUUGUACCAGCUGUGUUUAAUCCGGGUGGGACGCUGAUUGUAUGGGUCCCACUUAAAGGGAGGGAACUUGGGUUCCAAUCAGCUAUUGGGGGAUCGGUACGGUGGUUUUCUUGGCCGCCUAGGGCAGUGGAGGAAGAAGAUGGUAUGUGAAAGGUUCGUCCCCCUCCCAAACCGCCGCCAUUGAGGAAGGGUGUGGCUAGGUUCUGGAGUAUGAUGCUUGGAGAAUGGACUCUGUUGUUUCACCAGAUGAAGUUUAGUUACUUUUACUAUGUUCUGCUUACUUAUCUUUAUUUUGUUUUUAGUAGAUCUAAUAUUAAGGGAGACAGGUUCUUAGUUUGCUUUAUCUUAAUUGCUAGUUUUCUGGUGAGAGGCAAUCAGGCUGAUGCAGCUGUUAAUAGCCUCAAAGCUCUCACUUUUUCAGCGAUUAGUCUCGCUCCUUUUGGGGUGGACUAUUCUAUAUUUGAUAAAGAAGUGAAGGGGCAGAUGGGCUUAUGGUUAGGUUGGUUUAGAAGGAGGUUAGCUUUGGAUGAUUACUUUACGAUUUGCAAUUUUCCCAUGUUACUGCGAGUUGAUUUAAUAUAAUAUGUCGAUUUUCCUUUAAAAAAAACUUCAUUAUGUAAUAAAUAAUAUUCUCUCCGUCCCAUUUAAAGGUUCUCACUUUCCUUUUUUGUAAGUCCCACUUAAUGGUUCCCACUUUCUAUUUUAAGAAACAAUUAACAUUCUUAAAUAACAAUUUAAUCAUCAAAUAUUAAAAAUAAUACAUUUAUAACAUUACCAUUAUCAUCAAUAACUCAUUAUAUUAUAUACUCAUCAAAAUUAUUUCUCAAAAUAUAUUUGAAUUAGCAUAUUGAAUUAUUGUUUAAAUAAUCGUGUCAUUUUGCCAUGAGAACCUUUUAACGGGACGGAGGUAGUAUUGAAUAAUAAUAACACUUAACAUUAUAUAUAAAUAUGUAUAGUUUCUAUCUUAGUUUACAACUAAUAGCUUUCUUUUUAUGUGUUGUUAAAGUUGAAGGUACAUAUAUCCCCUAGAAUACUAAAAUAAAAAAGCAAAAUAAAAUGUUUGACGAAUCUAGACGCCUUAGGCGGUCGAUUAAGCGCUCUAGUGGG